AUUAAUCCAACAUCCUGGUGCAGGUACGGAAAUGACCAACGUAUCAGAUGCACUUUCACCUGCAAGUAGCGGAUCAUCAUCAAGCUAGAAAUUGCCCAUACGAACUCCAAUUCUCGCCUCCUAUUCCAGCAUAUUAUCACCAGCUUUCAUACUUGCACAACUCAUCUCUUCGUUUCAUUGAUUUUUCUUCAGCCUCUUGUCAUAGUUGCUGCAUCACAAGUAUCAAGAUGGCUAAAGUUUUUGGAAGCGUUGCCGUUGCAGUGGGAGUGUUGCUGGUCCUAGCAGCAGUGGUACAGGGCCAGGGUGCCUGCAAUGCCGCGACCUUACAACCAUGCCUUGCGGCCUCCAAGGGAACUGCUGCCCCAACCACGCAAUGUUGCGCGGCUGUUAAGAACGUCGGGGGUGCAGCUGGUGGUCCUCAGUGCUUGUGCAGCUUGACCACCAGCGCUCUUGCCAGGGCCAAUGGCGUGAAUCCCGAUGCUGCCAUGGCUAUUCCGCAAAAGUGUGGCCUUGCCGUUCCCAAGGGCUUCACGUGCAACAACAAGCCAGUUCCUGGCUCCUAGACAAACAGACCUCCUCAUGGCGCUGCCAGCAAUGGUGUGCUGUGACAUACCGAGAGAAGCGAAUGUUUCACGAUGGUGAUUGUCGAAGCAGCAGUGAAUGUGCCACACGUUGAUCAUACAGAUCUGUAAUGACUCCUGUGAUCGAGUAGUAGUAAUUAGGCUGUAUGUUCGAGUAAAUAAGUUACUUCCAAAGUACCGCAACUACACGACCACUAGCUGGCACUGGCUGAUUCGCCGCCAGUGUAAACUUUGGAUUUGUUCAUGUAAGUGAGAAUGGACUAUUUCCUUAUCAGUUUUCUUGCCGUGAGGGAUGUGAAUCGGCUGAAUGUUACAGCUUGAAGAUUGGCAGGUGAUGUCAAUGUCUCGCUCUCCUUUUGUGGUGUUG